AUGCGCGCUUUUUUUACCGACGUCUUCGCCUCGGUCGCGCGCCAGGCGUCGCGUCGCGCGUCGACGGGGCGCGAUGGACCACGGGCGUGGGGCGCGAUCGGACAAUCGUGGGGAAACGCGUCGUCCACGGCGACGGUGGCGCGUCCGGUGCGCGCGCGGGGUUUGGCGUGGACGACGACGGGCGCGGGGGUGCGCUCGGGACGGUGGGGCGACGCGGGACGACGAGGGAUCCGAACGAGCGCGGGGGGGUGCGAUAGGGCGUCGUCGCUGAGCGAGGCGCUCUUGCGGGAGAUGAAACAUGAAAACGAGGCGUACGAACCGAGCGAUGUCGCGAGGCGAGGACCACCGACGCCGUUCACGGUGAAUGAGACGGAUGGUGACGCUGAGGUGUCGCUGUCGAGGACGUACGGGGAGGACGAGGAGGUGCACGUGACGUUCGUUGCGCAGGAGGAACCGUACGACGAGAACGAGGACGAAGACGAUUCGUACGACUCAACGGAUGACGACUCCUUUGAUUCGGAGGACUCGGAGGAGUACGACGACGAGGACGAUGAGAAUGACGAGGACAAGAUUUCCAUCGAUUUUAACGUCGUCGUGAGCAAGUUGAGCGACGAGAGUAAACACCUCGAAUUCGACUGUGUUACCGACGGCGAAUUCGUGGAGAUCAAGAGCGUGAUUUUCGAGGAGUACGACGACGAGACACCGCUCAUGGGCACCCCGUAUUCAGGUCCUAACUUUGAGGAUCUAGAAGAGACCGUACAAGACAAGUUUUACGAGUACCUGGAGGAGAGAGGAAUCAACUCUGAUCUCGCAAACUACAUCGUCGAAGCGCACCUCGACAAGGAACAGCGUGAGUACACAAACUGGCUCGAAAAGGUGGCGACGUUCGUCAAAACAAAGCCAACAAAUAAGGCUGACAAGGAACCUUUGUCGCCAUGA